AUGGGGACACGACUGCAGUACUCCUCCGCGAGGCUCCGCGAACUCGUCAGCCACUCCAUUCCCCACUCCAUCACGGUGAUCAAAUCCCUCUGUCUCUUGCGUCGCCCACGAUAUGUCCAUAGGGGCUCCCGACGCAUGUUUAUUUAUUCAGACUCAGCCAUUCCCUCCAUAACGUCCGUGUUCCGGCCAGCUGCUCUACCACGUCAUCACAACAAAAUCCAUGUGCGCACCCGUUACCUCCGCCCACUGGUCUGUGUUGACAGUCAAGCCCCUCCUACCCAGCCCAUGUCAGCAGCUUCAUUCAUGCUGUUGAAUGCCCAAUCCAUUAACAAUAAACCUGGACUCAUUCAUGACAUCAUCACUGAACGCCACAUUGACAUCUGCUGCAUUGUUGAGACAUGGCAAAAACCACAGGAGUUCAUGGCACUGAAUAAAGCCACUCCCCCAGGCUAUGCCUAUAUACAGAACCCUCGCUUAAAGGGUGGUGGCGGUGGGCUGGCUGUGAUUUAUCGGGCUGACAUCCUCACCAAGGAGGUGGCAGUAACCACUGCCACCUCUUUUGAAUGUAUAGUGUUCACACUGGCUGGUUUCUCCCAACUCCAGUUUGUGUUGGUGUACCGUCCACCUAAAAACACCAGCUCUGACUGGUCUGCCUUCCUGUCAGAACUAUCUGAGCUACUCACCCCUGUCUGUGCCAUGUCUCCAUCCACGUACUUGCUGGGGGACAUGAACGUGCACGUGGAUUCCACCAGCUGUGCUUUCACCUACGAGUUCAUGUCAGUGUUGGAAUGGUUUAAUUUCAGUCAACAUGUGCGUGGCCCCACCCACAACAAGGGUCAUACGCUGGACUUGGUGUGCUCCACUGGUACCCCCCCCAUCGACCUGCAGUGCCUGGACCUUGCUAUCUCUGACCAUCAUGCCAUCGCCUUCUCUGUCCCUGCCUCCCGGCCUGGGCAGCGGCCAAAACGCACCAUCACCUACCGGAACAUUAAGGCUGUGAGUCCUCCAGCCCUAUCCACCAUGAUUGCUGCCCACCUAGCUGGGAUCUCCCCUGACCCCUCCGAUUGUGACCUGGUCUCUUCCUACAACACUGCUCUCGCCCUUAGCCUGGACUCUCUCGCCCCCAUCAAAACACUGACAGUUUCAUUCAACCGUCCGGCUCCCUGGUUCACUCCCGAGCUCUGGGCCAUGAAGUCCACUGGCCGACGGCUGGAGAGGCUCUACAAAAAAUCUGGCCUCACUGUCCACCUUCUGGCCUUCCACGACCACGUAAAAAACUACAAGGACACUCUCUCACAAUCCAUAACCCAGUACUACUCCACCCUUAUCGGGUCUCAGGAGAACCACCCCAGAAAGCUGUUUUCCACAGUAAACAAGCUUCUCAGCCCCCUCCCACCCAUUCCAGCCUCUGGUAAUUCUGACCUCUGCCAUAGAUUCCUGAACUUCUUCCAGGACAAGGUGGAUACCAUCCAUCAGCAGCUCCAGACAUCCACCACCUGUCUGCAUACACCUCAGCUGCAGGACACUGCCCCCUCUGCCACAUGUGCCCCAUUCACCUCCUUCACUCCAGUGGAUGAAUCCCUUACCACCGAACUGGUCACCAAAGCCAAGGCCUCCAGUUGCUCCCUGGACCCUAUGCCCACGACGCUUGUUAAAUCCCAAAUUCUCACCUCACCAUCUCCAUACCUGACUCCCCUGUCACUCAAUGCCAAACCACACCCCCAACACCAUAAAAGCCAGCCCUCAGGCCUGCUCUCCCUUUUGCAUCCUGAACAAGAGCAGCACUGA